GCGGAUGCCAUAUUGGAAUGAGUCUGCCGCGAGUGCGGGCGGAGGGACGGGUCGGCUCCGCGCAGCGCCGCGCACCGCGGGGUCUCUGCGCCGAGGCGCGGAAAAUUAAAAAUAAAUAUAUUAAAAAACAGCCAAAAAAAGGCAAACUUACCCAGCUUGUCCUCUAGGUGCUUGCUGCUGCAGGAUGAAUUAGGAGGGCAAAGACUCUUCCUCUGAACCAUGGAGACGAGGGCGUCUUUCAUCACCACCAUGCAAGAGACCCAGCAUCUGUCCCCAGAGAAAGGUCAGAGCCCAGCCAAUGGUGACAUGGAGCAGUUUGAUUCAGAUGAGGGCUCCAGCUUUGAGGACGCAGACUUCAACUGGGAUGAGUUCCUGGAGGAAACAGGAGCCAGCGCUGCUCCCCACACCUCCUUCAAACACGUUGAAAUCAGCCUUCAAAGCAGUUUCCAACCAGGGAUGAAAUUAGAAGUGGCCAACAAGAGCAAUCCGGACACAUAUUGGGUGGCUACGAUCAUUACAACGUGUGGACAGCUCUUACUGCUUCGUUACUGUGGCUAUGGAGACGACCGGAGGGCAGAUUUCUGGUGUGACGUGAUGACAGCAGAUCUUCACCCCGUUGGCUGGUGUACGCAGAAUAACAAGGUCCUGAUGCCUCCAGAUGCGAUCAAAGAGAAAUACAUGGACUGGACGGAGUUUCUAAUACAUGAUCUGACUGGCGCCCGGACUGCACCUGCAAAUUUACUGGAAGGCCCUCUGCGAGGAAAAAACCCUGUAGACCUCAUUACAGUUGAUUCCUUAAUAGAGCUGCAGGAUUCCCAGAAUCCCUUUCAGUACUGGAUAGUUAGUGUGGUUGAAAAUGUUGGAGGAAGAUUACGCCUUCGCUAUGUGGGAUUGGAGGAGACUGAAUCCUAUGACCAGUGGUUGUUUUACUUGGAUUGCAGACUUCGACCAGUCGGUUGGUGUCAAGAGAAUAAAUACAGAAUGGAUCCACCUGCAGAUAUUUAUUCUCUGAAGACUAUAUCCGAGUGGAAAUGCGCUCUGGAAAAAUCCCUUAACGAUGCAGCAAAUUUUCCUCUUCCAAUGGAAGUGUUCAAGGACCAUGCUGACUUGCGGAACCACUUCUUCACUGUAGGGAUGAAGCUGGAGGCGGUGAAUGUGAGGGAGCCAUUUCAUAUCUGUCCUGCAUCAGUGACCAAGGUUUUUAACAGUCAUUAUUUACAAGUGACCAUUGAUGACUUGAGACCUGAACCCAGCAAAAUCUCAAUGCUUUGCCAUGCGGAUUCCUUAGGGAUCUUGCCAAUACAGUGGUGCCUUAAAAAUGGAGUCAAUCUCACACCUCCCAAGGGUUACUCUGGCCAGGACUUUGACUGGGCAGACUACCAGAAGCAGUGUGGAGCGGAGGCGGCGCCUCACCUGUGCUUUAGAAAUACAUCCUUCAGCCGUGGCUUUACUAAGAACAUGAAGCUGGAGGCGGUGAACCCCAGGAACCCUGCAGAGAUAUGUGUUGCUUCUGUCACCUCAGUUAAAGGACGGUUAAUGUGGCUUCGCCUUGAAGGUUUACAGAUGCCCUCUCCAGAGUACAUAGUUGAUGUAGAGUCUAUGGACAUUUUCCCUGUUGGCUGGUGUGAAGCAAAUGCUUAUAACCUGACUCCACCACACAAAGCUGUUUUGCGAAGGAAGAGAAGAAUUGCAGUUGUGCAACCAGAAAAGCAGUUACCAUCCACAGUGCCUGUUGAGAAAAUACCUCAUGACCUCUGCCCGAUUCCUCAGCCCGACACAACAGGCACCAUCAAUGGGAGAUACUGCUGCCCCCAGCUCUACAUCAACCACCGCUGCUUCUCAGGUCCAUAUUUAAACAAAGGCAGAAUAGCAGAGCUACCUCAGUCUGUCGGGCCUGGCAAGUGCGUGCUGGUCCUCAAAGAGGUUCUCAGCAUGGUGAUCAAUGCAGCUUACAAGCCAGGGAGUGUUUUACGAGAAUUGCAGCUAGUGGAAGACCCUCAGUGGAAUUUCCAAGAGGAAACACUUAAAGCAAAAUACAGAGGGAAGACAUACAGGGCAACUGUUAAGAUUGUGCGGACGUCGGAUCAGGUGGCGGAUUUCUGCAGAAGAGUCUGUGCAAAGUUGGAGUGCUGUCCCAACUUGUUCAGUCCUGUGCUGGUGGCUGAAGUCUGCCCAGAGAACUGCUCCAUUCAUACUAAAACCAAGUACACUUAUUAUUAUGGGAAGAGGAAAAAAAUCAUUAAGCCACCAAUUGGGGAAAAUAACAACAUGAAAAGUGGACAUGUCAAGCCAGCCAGACGCAGAAAAAGGCGGAAAUCCAUCUUUGUGCAGAAGAAAAGGAGGUCGUCAGCUGUUGAUUUGAAUGCUGCAGGCUCUGCAGAGGAGAGCGAAGACGACGAGCCGGACGCAAUGGAGGAUGAGACGGGAAGCGAAGAAACGAGCUCAGAGCUCCGGGAUGACCAGACGGAUACCUCCUCCGCCGAGGUCCCCUCCGCCAGGCCCCGGCGAGCGGUCACCUUGCGGAGCAGCAGCGAGUUGGACAGACCUGCUCCCACGGAGAGAGCCCGACGGAGCCGGAGACCACAACCCCACUCCUACAGCGAGACGGAGAAGUGCGCGCAAGUCAAGGAGGAAAUUAAGCAAGAAGAGGAAGAGAAGCUCAUCCUGGACAGUAAUCCAUUGGAGUGGACUGUGACUGAUGUCGUGAGGUUUAUUAAACUGACUGACUGUGCACCGCUUGCCAAAAUAUUUCAAGAGCAGGACAUCGAUGGCCAAGCCCUUCUGUUGCUGACACUGCCCACGGUGCAAGAAUGCAUGGAGCUGAAGCUUGGUCCAGCCAUCAAACUGUGCCACCAGAUUGAGCGAGUAAAAGUUGCUUUCUAUGCACAAUACGCCAACUGACUGCACUUCUCCAUUUCUUUCUGUUCUCCUUGUUCCCUCUCUUUUUUAAUAUUUCAACUUGUUCAAGGUGUUUUUUUUUUCCCUUAUCCCUUUUCUUUUCCAAGAACAUGUGGAAUUGGAAGCACUGGGAAUUAAUCUGUAGGGAAAGAAAAAACAAAAACACAGCAAAAAAACUAGCAACAAAUUGAACUAAUUUUUCUGUAGUUGUAAAGCACACUGAAAGACUGCUGGCGUCUCUCCUCAUGAGCCAACUUGUUAUGCAGCGGUGCAAAGCCAGCAUGGAUCAGAUGGUUUGUUGUUUGUUAAAACAAAGCCACCAAUGGCAGGCGCAUUCCCAAGAAGGGUCGGACAUUUCUGGAUGAUGAUGGUUUGUCUAGGUCAGUUUCUGGACUUGAACAAUUCUUUCAGCCAACUCUGACACACUUCUUUCAUAUUGAAAUACAAGUGAUCAUUCGUAGCAUUACCUGGGGUUUACUGCAAAUUUGAUCUUAGUCAUCAAUGUUGGUUUUUUUUCAUGCCUCUCCAAUCCUACAAAAGGAAAAAGUGUUAGACCAGUCACACACUGAUUGUUAUUUCUGCGUGAUUUAUGAAAGAGGAAUCAACCCGUGGUCUCUGUACGGUAUCAGACAAAGCUUCAGUGAACUGACAGGGGUGCAGCAAGACCUGUUGCACAGGAACAUAUUCCCGAGCCGUGCUGGCUGUGCACAAUAAGCUGAAUGUCCUUGUGAUGGGGUCUGUACAGUGCUGCUGUCUUGUACAGAACAUACAUAAAAGCUUUCAUAGUCAAGCCCAUCCUCUUAAAUCCAAGUCACUUUAAAGACCUGACUCUGAGCCCCACAGGGUAAUAAAAAAGAAAAGGUCUGUUCAGAUUUAAUGAUGAGA